CUGAGUCUACUUUAUAUUUUCGAACUGCUUGAAAUUCAAUCACCAAAGCCUUCCCUAAAGUGUUGAAACUUCGGUCUCAGCUCUCCCACCAACAAUGGCUACCGCAGCUGUCGCUUUUGCACACCAUCCUAAAGCCCAGACAGAUUUCAAGAUCCCUUUGCUAGCCGGCGACAAUGCUUAUCUCGGAGAUGUGUUCUCAUCGGACAAGGUCAACCCUGAGAAGCCCGUUUCUGCCGGAUUCUACCGGCUGGAAAAGGGGGAGCCAUUGGUGUAUACCUACAAAUACGAUGAAAUGAAGAUAUUUCUGGAAGGCGAUAUGACUAUCUCCGAUGCGACGGGGCAAUCAGUGGUGGCAGGAAAGGGCGAUGUCUUCUUCUUUCCGGCAGGCUCAACAAUAACAUUCACUACGUCAGACUACGGACUGGCCUUCUACUGUGGACAAAGGAAGCACAACGACUUCUAAAGUCGAUUGUACACGCUUGAGCAUGAUAAACAUCGAUGGCCUAAAGACAUAUAGAAUACCCAAUAGUCCCAGCAGAGGUACGACAAAUCUAUAUGAUUAUGAUGAUAGUUUAUAGAAUUCAGUGCAAUGCAUCUGGAAAUAUCACAUUGAGAACAUGGUGGUG